AUGUCCACAUCAACAACAUUACAGGGGAGAAUGGUCGGCCCCCUGGACAAACGAAGGCGGAUGACGCGCUGCCUCGGCUGCGCCAAACGACGCAUCAAGUGCGAAGGGGGAUUUCCCUGUGUUCAUUGCUGUCGACAAAACACGAUAUGCAUUGCCCAGCAGCACUCGGGACAUGGUAUGACCAAGUUUGUCAACAAAAACCAGCAAGAUGAUUUUUGUGCACGCCGUCAAAGUUCGUAUCAGAACAAGAUCUCUAUUCCCAAUAGGAAAGCUCCCGGGGUUCAUCCACUCGAUUUCAUCCGAAAAGAUGAGGGUACCCGCCUUCUCCAUUAUUUCGCUUCUUUUAUUCAGCACAACAUGUUCACGAUGAGCUUCGCAUCCAUAGUUUCGGACUUACUUCCCUUAAUUUCAACAUCACCGGUUCUGUACCAUGCAGUGAUAGCUGUUGGUGCUAUGGAUGCGAACCGACAUACCGGUGGACGCGUAUCAAAGGGAGAGAAAUCCCCCUAUGUCGAUGCUAUGACCUCUUACCAUAGGUCAAUGGGUAUUCUGCAGCUUAGUCUGGGAAAUAGAGAUGUGAUGCAACGGGAGGAUAUCCUCUGGGCUAUAUUUUUCCUGGGGUUGUUUGAGUUGCUCUCGGACGAAUCCGGUGAAGGCUGGGUUAAGCACAUGCUCUAUGGAACAUCAAAAAUGCUACAGCUUGCAGGACCAACCAAUUGUAUGUCAUCGGCCCGAAGGAUAUUCUACGACCUGUUUCGUGUUCUAGAAGCCAGCCGAGCAUUACUCUAUAAUGAAGAAACUAUCCUUUCCCAGCAAUGCUGGUUUGCACUCCAAAAAUCUCUGUCAAGCAGUGCCACUCUAUGGGACCCCAUGGAAGAAAUUAUAACCCUCAUGAUCGAGACAUCUGCCUUCAGCCUGCGAGCCGGUGCUAUAAUUGAGAAGAUUCCAGAAGCGGAACGGUUCACAGAUCCAUCAGUUGCUCUGAUCGCAGCUGAAGGACUCGAUGUCCAAGAAACUAUCUAUAACUGGCACACGAAAGCGUUGCUGCAGCUUGUCCAGGACGGUCCCAAUCAUUAUUCGAACUUAGCUUUGCUAUAUUAUCAUGCUCUGCUAAUCUUUGUGUCUGGAAAUUAUGAUUAUUUCCCAUACUGGGACAAUAUCGCAGCCCCAGUAUUAUCCCAUGCUGAAAUUUCUGAACACCUUACUACGAUAGUGUAUCUCUCGAGCGAAGUGCUGUGUCACUCCAAGAUUGCAGGUGUGAUGUUGCUCUUCCCAUUAACCGUCGCAGGAGCUAGAGCCUGGAGAGUUGACCAAAGAUCAGAGAUACUGAAUCUGCUCAACCAGAUCUUCUGUAAAGGAUUCAUGGUUGCAAACAGGAUACGGGAUAAUUUGUUAGAACGAUGGGACUACACCGACCGGAAAGGGAUAAUUAAUUUGCCCACAUGA